GGUUACAUGGGCUGAAAGCAAAAACUUGGGCCUUGCAUGCGUCAACCCAGCCAGAAUCUCCAUCGGACUCCACCACUCUCGAACAAUGGGCAGCAGUUUCUAAAAAAAGAGAGCAAUGGGCAACGAACUGCUGGCGGCGGAUGCGCCACCAGCGAAACGUCCGGCGAUCUCAUCCACCACGACCACCACCACCCACACUACCGCCGCCGACGGAACCGCCACCACCAUAUCCUCCCUCGGCCAAAACCAGCUUCUCGACAUCUUCCUCCGCCUGCCCAACCUGCCGUCGCUCGUCCGCGCGGCGCUCACCUGCCGCCCAUGGCUCGGCGCCGUCCGCUCCUCCCGGUCCUUCCGCCGCCUCUUCCGCGCCCUUCACCCAGCGCCGCUCAUCGGGCUCUUCAUCGACAUCGACGGCGCCGCCGCCCCCUCCUUCGUCCCCCUGCGCCGCUCAGAUCCCGACGUAACCGCCGCCGUCCGCCGCGGCGACUUCCUCCUCACUUCCCUCCCGGUGAACGACGACGAGGAUACGAGCUGGUGUAUCACGGGCUGCCGCCACGGCUACGUGCUCCUGUGGAACAAGAUCGUAUGGAAGAAUCCCACUGUCGCUGCCGUGAACCCCAUGACCUGGGCCGUGGGCAUCAUCCCGGUCCACCGCGAUGUCUGGGCUGGGAGGAGUGGAAGACGCCGCCAUUUCGCUUUCCUUGGUUUCCAUCUGCUGUCUUCCGAGGAAAACCCCCGGUCGUUCCGUGUGGUCUGCGUCUGCGCUGAUAAGCAGAGAGUUCGCGUCGCCGUCUUCUCGCCGGAGGCGAGGGAUUGGGCCGUCCACCCGUGGGUGCACGUCGGCGGUGACAACAGCCUAAAGUCCAGCGCCGGCACGCUGGUGAGUGGUUCCGUUUACUGGCCUUUCCACGGUGAAGGGCGCAUGAUAAAGAUCAACACAGCCACCAUGGAUAUCUCUUUUGUGGAUUUACCCUUGCAAAUCAAGGUGGAAGGAUCCAAUUUCAGGGCUGGGGAGACCAAGGAUGGCCAACUAUGCAUUGUCUAUGCAUCUGAUGAUUUCCUCCUCCGUGCUUGGACCCGUAGUCUGGACGCCCAUGGAAUCGAGGUCUGGGUGCUGGAGAACAUAAUCUCUUUGAGUGAAGGAAUUGAUGAGAUCACUGAGGGGUGUGUUCUGGACUUGCCGGUCGACCUCAAAGUUGUGCAAGUUAGGUCUGGAUACGUGUACUUGUCCGCGACAUGCAUGACCCAUCCUGGCACACUCCGCUGCUGGUUCAUCUCCGUUUCACUGGAGACCAUCGAGCAUGAGUUACUGGUUGAUGGGUGUUUUGGUGGGUCUGUCUGUCCGUAUAGCAUGGCCUGGCCUCCUUGUUUGGUUGGUGAUGAUGGGAGCAUUGGGCAUGAAGUUGAAGGUUCUCACUGAAGUCUGCAGUUGUUUGUCAUACGAGGAAAUGUAUGAAAAUAUGUGGGGGAGAUUUACGUUUCGGCGAGGAGGAGGGGAACCUAGGGGCGUGCGUGUAACUGCAAAGUCGUUGUGCUUGGCGUCAAAUGCAUUUAUUUUGACUGAUCAUGUAAAGUCGGGAAUCAAAUUCUUUUGAUGAUGGACUUGUAGAAAGGAUGUAUGUAUUGCCUAGAUUGUCUCAAAGUAGUGGUCAAUGCUCAGAAUGAUUUAGCGAGUCUGCUACUUUGCCAAUUACCACCAUGAGCUGUGUAAUCUAGUGUCAUGUCUGAAGAUUGAACAACUGACCGGUUCUCUCCUUCAAUUAUUUAACCGCGUUCAGCCUUCAAUGUGCUCUAUAUAUUCAGAUACAUACGAC